CUGGACCGGGAAGCGGCGAUUUCUCGGGCGGGGGUCUCAGGGACCCAGAGGCACGGGGGCGGGGCGGGACCCGGCGGGCUUCGAGCGGCGGCGGCUGGGGGUAUUCGGCGGACGUCUCGGCUCAACGGGGUCCCGUGGCCUUUGUCCUGCUUUAGGGGGCAGCCAGCCUCAGGCCUUGGGGGUCAGCGCGCCCUUGGCUUGGGGUGAGGGGGUGACAAGCCGGGGCGCCAGUGUCCAGGCUGGCACUACGCUCGGGUCAUCUUUUCUUGCGCGCGGAGAAAACCCUCCCCAGCCUUUGCAGUGGGGCCGAGAGGGGGCCGAGGUCACAUCCCGCCUCGGUGCCCCCGCCCCAUUUCCUUCUGGAAUCCUGACGUUGGGGCGGUAGGGACCGGACCGACAGACCGCGGGACGGACGGAACUCCCUCCCGGAGUGAGGGCAGGAAAUGGGCGGAGCCUGCUUGGCCGGGGCAGGUGCCAUGCAGGCUGAGGAGUCCGACGGGUUCCCCGGACUGCCGCGCGCAUCUGCACCAGCCCCGCCGCUCGAGGCCCUGCAAAGCCCGGAGACCACGGGGCCUGUCCGCUGGAAGGCGCGGGCUUAGAAUAAGCCUUUUCCCACAGCACUAGGGGCUACCUCGGGGCGGUGGCCCACUGAGCACACCCUCUGCUGACCCCAGACCUCAAAUUUGGAGUCACCAGGGGUCUGGUUCCUGAAAGUUGCAAGAAUGGGGGCGGAAGGUGUUAUGUCUCAUAAGUCUUACACGGGUGGGAGGACGGUGAAGUAGGAUGUGGUUUUCGCUGAUACUUAGACCCCCUAGACACAUCCCCAACCCCUGCCCUGGGUAUGGAGUGGGUGGCUGAGUCUGAGGCCGGGAGGGUCUCUCACUCUAGGGUGGAUGGGGUGAGGGCCUGGCAUGGGAACCUCACCUGCCCUGCUGAAGGCCUGUGUGCUUAAAGACAGGGGCAAGCCUGUGCCCACCUUCUGUCUCCCCACAGGCUCUGUUCACUUGCAGACACCAUACAGAGCCUUUAUUCAUUCAUUCAUUCACAAUGAAUGUGGGGUGCCCCUAUGUAACCAGACCUGGAUCAAGACGCCUGCCUCCCCAGACUCAGGUCAGCAGUGUCCCCAGAGAUGAUGACAAAGCCCAGAUGAAACGCUUUAAUGCAGUUACUGUGGGAAGAGGGAGCACAGAGCAUCACCGUGGGUCCCCAAGCAAUGGCUGCACCCCACAUACCUGUGCUGACCCGCCCGCAUCCCCACACACAGCCACUGCCCACUUCAGCUUCUGCCAGACCCUCCUGGAGCACACGGUGUCAGCUGAGAGCAUCCCCUGCCACUUGCCUCGGACACCUGGCACCAGCCUCACGUGGCAUGACUCCCGCAGCCAGAGGGCGGCCAGCAGCAGGCCAAUCAAGCUCCUGCAGCAGCCCGGCACAGAGACCCCCCAGGGCCGGCUGUACUCUGACCACUAUGGCCUGUACCACACAAGCCCCUCGCUGGGUGGCCUGACCCGGCCCGUGGUCCUGUGGAGUCAGCAGGACGUCUGCAAGUGGCUCAAGAAGCACUGUCCCCACAACUACCUCGUCUACGUGGAGGCCUUCUCCCAGCAUGCCAUCACCGGCCGGGCACUGCUGCGGCUGAAUGGGGAGAAGCUGCAGCGGAUGGGGCUGGCCCAGGAGGCCCAGAGGCAGGAGGUGCUGCAGCAGGUGCUCCGCUUGCAGGUGCGCGAGGAGGGGCGGAGCCUGCAGCUGCUCAGCCAAGCUUCCUUCGGGAAAAUGUCCUAGCUGCUGCUGAGGCUUGAACCCAGACCCCAGCACUGUGACGGGAGUCCACGGCUAGGGAGGAGGCCGGGCUGGCCCCGCAGCCCCUCUUGGACCCUGCAGGAUGCCGGGGCGGCCAGGCUGGCCCAACGGACAGACAGGACCAGGAUCACACCUCCAGGCGCCUCUGGUUGUACGUUCCAGGUCGUGCCCUGGGGCUGGGUGGGUAGGGGGCUGCUUGAGUGUGGCCCCACCUCCUGGGACCUGAGCCCAAGCCCUCCCCUGGUGCUGCUGGCAGCAUGUGGGGCAGCUGCCUGGAGCCAGAGCCGGUUUGGACGUCCUCCCCAGGCUCCCAGGGAGUCUGUUUAUUUACAUUCCCCUCUCCACGUGAUGCCGUCCCCCAUCGCCUGCUGAGUCACUUGUCUGUCCACCCACCCAGCCCAGUUCUAGGUCGUUCCCCAGCACCUCCAGGUUGGCCCACACAGGUGCCAUAAGCUGCCUCGGCUCCCUGUGGCUUGUGCCCAUGCCCCUGCCAGGGCCCAGCAGGCCAACCCAUCAUCUAGAGUAGUGGCCAUCAGCACCUGCCUAACGGGCACCACGCCAAGCACUUUCAUCAUUAUUUAUACAUCGUCACCACUCCCCCUCUAUUCAUGAGAAGUAAAGCUGAGAAAGGCCCAGGUUGACCAAGCGCCAGAGACAAAAUGUGGCACAACGAGGACCCCAGCCCUGUCCAGGUGGCUCCGUGCCCAGGGCCCAGGCUCAGCAGUGCUCCCUGCCCUAUCUUUGGGAAAAUCUUGCUUUUACGGUCUUCUCCCCUCUCGCCCUCAAGAACAAGGGCCUUGUGCGUGGGCCUUCCCUUUGCUGCUUUCCCAAGAAGGCCUGGAUUCAGGAGAGAGGCCUCCCCAGGGCCACUCCCCCUACACCCGCCCAGAGGCCUGAGCAACCCCUCUCCGGGUGGUUUGGGGCUGGUGCUGCCUGGCGGAAGGACAGUGAGGGCGGCCCUGGCCGCCCCCGCUCUCUUGCGCCUCUGCCCUCUCCCGAUCCCCCUGGGGCUUCUGAAAAUCUCAGGGACAGAUAAGGCUGAGCCCCCAGUCCCCUCUGUGUGCUUUGAGCCUCCAGACUCGAGGCUGUUCACUGCAGGUCCCAGGUGGAAUUUGGACAACUGGCCUGGCCGCUCCCAUCCCGUAAGCCCCCACCACGGGGAGACCCUCAUCCCUGCCCCUGUGUGGCUGCGCAGGUAUUGUGCCCGCCUCCCACCAUCAGCCUUUGCCCAAGGGGCCCUUCUGCCUCUGCUUCCCUCCCUCCUCCUCUGUCUUGCCCUGGCCCACGCACGCCUGUCUCGUCUUCCUUGUUUUGCGCUCACUUUUUUAUACUCUGACAAAAAAAAAAAAAAAAAAAAAAAUCAGAAAUAAAGCUGGUUCCCAAGUGCU